GCGCGGUGCAUGCCGGGAGAACGAGAGACAGAUCCGGUCCAUCCGUCGUCGUCAUAGGCGACCUCCUCCCCCCCGCAGCCAAGCUUCCAUAGUCGGCUCGCACAAGCCUCACUUCGGGCUGCACUUUUCCGCUUCUGUGGUGUUCUUGCUUGCUCGCCGACCCCCUUUUUUGGAACACCGGGCGCUCUGUCUGUCUGUCCCCCGCGUCAUGGAAGCUCUCGUCGGACGCGCCAAGGUGUAGCGGGACGGAGGAGUCGCCAUGGAGCCCGAUGUCAUCCGCCUGUACUCGUCAUCCCCGCCGCCUAUGGAGGACGCCGAGGAGGACGACGAGGACGAGUUUGGUGACUUCGGUGCCUUCUCAACCGUGUCGUCCAGCUUCAGCGAGCUAGACGCGUCCGGAAACGGCUCCUUUAACCAGACGCACGCCCCGGAUGCCACCUCGCCGCCCGAGCUCCCCAACGGCCUCGGCACCGCGGCGGUAACGUGCCACGAGGCCAAGGCAAACGGCGUGUUGCCCGGAAGCAACUCGGCGUUCGUCCGAAGCCGCGACCGGUCUGACGUAAAGAGACCGUCGGAUUCUGAUGUCACAGGCGGUGAGAUCAUCACCAACGGCUUCGCGGCCUCAGACGUCAAGCCGGGCGCACAAAUAUUUGUCCGCUGUAAUGUCAGUGACAGUCGAGAGUCGGAGUUUGCGGAUUUCGCUGCUUUCUCGGACACCGGAUCCCAGCUCGGUGCUAUACGCGGUCCGGGCCACGGAGACGCCGUCCACCAGGGAUGCGGCUCGGAGUGCGUGGACGGGACCGUACCCGACUCUAAAGCCGCAACUCUCCCUGAGUCAUGUGACAUGCAGCCGGACGCCAAACGAAGGGAUGCUGACUUAGCACAAGACACAAUCACACCUUGCACAAACCAGUCUUCUGACGCUUCUGGCGAGCAGGCAGAAGAUGGCGCCUGUGUCGACGGCAUCCACAAUGAUUGCGCCCGGGUCGAUGGUUUCGAUGGCACCUGCGUUGAAGGCAACUGUCUAGAUGGUGUCGAUAAUCUCAGCGGCGAUGCCCUCAGCGUAGAAGUUGUCUCUGUCAACAGCGAGAGUGUCGACAGUGUCUGCGAUGACGGCAGCGGUUUUGAUGGUGUCUGUGAAGAUGGCCCCCGUUUUGAGGCCGCCUGUGCGGACGAUGCCCGCGUAUCGGUCGAUGGCGUCGCUUUUCCCAUGACCGGCAACGGCGAUAGCCUGUUGUCAGACGGGAGAACCUCGGAGACGGAAACAGAGACGUCGUUAGGCCGCCCGUUGUCCACGGACGCCCUGGAGGAGUUUGGUGACGUGAGUACGACAGGCUCCGCGCCAUCGCCGCCGCCGCUCCAGGAAGAGACCGCCACCCCCGCCGACCACAGCCAGCUGGAUGAGGACGAGGAGUUUGGGGACUUCGGAGACGUGGGCUCAUUCGGCGAGCAGCCCUUUGCAGACUUUAACCACCAAGAAACCUCCCAGGCGCAAAGCCACGAUGACUUUGGUGACUUCAGCACGCCCAAAAUGGAUGCUAACGAGGAGGGAGAGUCCACUUUCACCUGUUUCUCAGCUGCCGGCGAAGCAGAAUGGAAUGCCUUUGGAGAGGCAGAGCAGGCGGCGCAAGUGACGGAAGGGGAGUCGGCGACGGGCGAAUCGUGGGCGGCCUUCAGCUCAAUGGACGACACCCGUCCUGCUGUGGCUGCCGAGGAGGCCUGGUAUCAGGCGGAAACUUGCACUGUGGACCAGGACAACAGCAGACAGACGGAGGCGCUGUGCAGCCGGGUGGAGAAGUUGUUGGAGAUGAGCUUUCCGCAGGCCACGGGCCCCUCCCCCGCCGUGGAGGAGCAGGUGGUCUCGCUCAAGACGCUCGUGGAGGCGCGGGCGGACGUCAGCAGCGUGUGGUCCCAACUUCAAGACAUCCACGAGGCAGUGGGCCUCAGACACCAGUGGGGGGGCUCCUACUGCAACAAAACUCUCCUCGGCUGCCUCGGCAUCGACACGCGGAACAUUCUGUUCACGGGACAGAAGAAGCAGCCGCUCAUCGUGCCCGUCUACGCCGCCAGCCUGGGCAUGUUGGAGCCCACCAAAGAGCCCGUGAAGCCCGUCUCGGCCGCCGAGAUCAUCGCCUCCAUCGCACAAGCACCAGCGGCGGCGGCUCUGGACAGCAAAUCCUGCCCUUCAGAUGCUGUCCAGGAAGUUCUCCCCCCCGUCCAGUUUGACUGGAGCAGCAGUGGCCUUACCAACCCUUUGGACGCCAGCGGCGGCUCCUUCCUGCUAAACCUGGACUUCUUCGGUCCCGUGGACGACUCGGGCUCGUCCUGCUCACCCGCCAUUCCAGGCGUGGACCCAGAGUUGGUGGAGCUGACCACGGCCAAGAUGGAAUCCGGCGGCGCCGGCAGCCGCGUGGUCGACGCGUUUGCCCGCCUCAUGUCCACCGUGGACAAGACCAGCACCUCCACCAAGAAGCCGCGCAAGGACGAGAAGCUGAGCUCGGAGGCGGCCCAGGUGAUCUGCGGCCUUCCCGACUUGUCCUUCAUGCAGGCCAAGGUUCUGAUGUUCCCCGCCACGCUCAGGCCGCUCGCCUGCCAGGCCACGCCCCCCGACUGAAGACUGAACGCCACGCCCGCCUGCCUGCAGGUUCCAGUUGACAGCAGCCCCUUUUUUUUUUCUUCUUUUCUUUCAUUCAAUCAUACUUUUUUUGUUGUUUUUUUUUUUUUGGGGGGGGUGUGGGGGAGUCGAAAGCAUUUAUCAACGGGGCUGGUGGCUUUUACAUGGCUUCUUGGCUUGCGUGCUGGUGUGGAAAUAAUCAGGGAAGGAAAGCAAAUGUUAGAUCAAUAUUCACUCACUCAAUCAAUGCGUGGGUCUAUUUACGGACUUAGGCCGCUCUUCCUGCUGCUGACACCACUGAAUGUCUCCACGUGGGCGUGCGUGCGUGCGUUUGUCGUCAAUGAAGGGACCAAUUGGUGUGUGUGUGUGUGUGUGUGUGUGUGUGUGUGUGUGUGUGGUGUGUG